CAACGUUCUCGGGUGUCUGAUCAACCCGGUUUUUCUUUUUUCUAAUUUUUGCACGAACCGUAUUCUGAAUUCCUUCCACCAUCGUCGUCUUCCUUCUCUACGACUUUUCUCGGAUCCAGCCCAGAGUUUCCUCCGAUAAAUUUACAACCUUCAUGUAUAAAUCGAAGAUUUGUUCAAUUCUCUUUAUCCUGUAUUAAUUGAACCCAAAUUGAAUUGACGCCGUUGAUCAUACCCGAUUUGAGAUUUAGGGUUUGGAAUCGGCCCUUUAGAUCAUUGCAAUCCUUCAAUACUGGAUCAUUAUCUCUUCUAUUUCAUGUUUCCGUAAACUCCCCUCUCUUUCGUCCACAUAUUUCUUAGAUUUUCUUGACCCGUUCUAAUUUCUAGGGUUUCGAAGCGUUCGAUUCGCUAAGGUUUGUUCUUUCUUUAAAUUUCUUGAGGGUUUUUGUUUCUUUUCUAGCGAUUUAUUGUUUUCUGCUCGUUUUAUCCGUAAUUUCUCCGAUCUACCAGCAAUUCGGGUGUGUAAUAGCUUCGACUAGGGUUAGGUUUUCAGAAAGAUUUGGGACCUUUGUAUUUGGUGUAAUUAAUUUGGGGUUACGUUCAAGGGCAUAGGGAAUUCACUUUUGGCGUUUGAUUCCGUGAUAUUUUAGCUUAAUUAAGGCUUCUAGGGUUUUUCCUUGAUCUCUCCAACACAUUUCUUUUGCGGUCCUUCGAAUCGACGAAUUUGGGAGGUUUUCUCCAUGUGUAUAUUAACUGGAUAUCAAGUAAUGCCAUCUAUGGCUACAAUAGGCUAGCAGCCAGCAGAUUUGCAUGUUUGGUUUAAUAAAUUUUGAAUUACCCAUACGCUUACUGUGGUAUCAAGGUUAAGAUGGGAUCUAAAAGGCCUUUUGAUGCUGAAGAGUUCCCGGAGCAUCACUGUAAGCACCCAAGGAAGCUUGAGUAUAGCAAUACGCCGGAUCCGUGUGAUGAACUUGUUCCUUGUGAUAAUGCCCCACAGGAACCUAUUAUUUCAGGUAGAAAUAGGUGGCAUACAAUCUUUUGGGGAGGAUGAGGAUGGCCUUCAUAAAUUUCAGUGGCAUGAGGCACUUGAAAAAGACACUGUCACAGAUGUUUCAAAUUUAGUUAACUGUUUCGAGACCAAUGACCCCUUGUCAUUGGUUUCCAGCAGUUCAAGUGAAGAAGAUGUUCGGUCUGGGGCAUCGGCAUACUCAUCUAUUUAUCCAGAAUAUUUUGAGUUAGAUUUCCCACCGAGAAGAUUUGUUCCAUUCAAGGAUGCCUAUCAUUCUUUCUUGGAUCAUUUUCCUAGAAAGCAAAUUCCCAUUGGUGCAAAUCAUCAGGCCAGUAUUCCAUCGUGGGGCAAACUCAUAAAUGAGAACAACUUAGAUAUGACAGAAAAGUUUACUCCCAGCAUUGAUGAUGGUGGCAAUGAGGAGAUGCUGAUGGGGGCUUUGAUUGUCCCAAUGCCUGAUUCAAAUUUGUCUACAGACAGCGGUGGCUAUGCUGGAGAUGGUAGGACAGAUUGUCACUGUCUGGAUUCUGGCUCUAUUAGAUGCAUUCGCCAACAUAUUAUGGAAGCACGGGAGAGACUUCGAAAAACACUUGGGAAAGAAAAAUUUGUGAAUUUAGGGUUUUCUGACAUGGGUGAGGAAGUGGCACACAAAUGGACUGAAGAAGAAGAGCAGAUAUUUCUCGAGGCUGUUUACUCCAGUCCUGCAUCCUUGGGUAGAAACUUUUGGAAACACCUAUCUUUGGUAUUUCCUUCUCGAAGUAAAUCAGAGCUUGUAAGCUAUUAUUUCAAUGUGUUCAUGCUGCGGAGGCGUGCUGCUCAAAACAGGUCUAAUUUGCUGGACAUAGACAGUGAUGAUGAUGAGUGGCAUGGAAGAGGCUCUUAUGAGGUUGGCGAGUCAGAAGAUGAGGACUCUGCUAUUGAGUCACCUGUUGAUCAAGAUACCCAGGCUGAAUCCUCUGAAGAAGAUGAUGGUAGUGAUGAUGACGAUGACAAUGAUGAUGCCAACAAAGAUGGUGGUGAUGAUGAUUGCAAUGGUAAUGGUGGCGAUGGAUCUGGUAGAGAUGUUGUUCUCAAAGAAGAUGGUGGGAUGAAUCUUCCUUCUGAUGCACACAUUAAGUUGAGUGAUGAGAGUAAAUUUGACCCCUUGGUUCAGCAUGUGGAUAAGACUUCAGGGAGUGAUCAGGACGAUCUCAGUGCACAAGAUGACUCAUGCCUGUCAUUUGAUUGUCAAGCCAAUAUGACUAGCUCCUGUGAUCCUGUUAACAGCGAAAAUGCUUUACAAGUGUGUGGGGGUAAGAGUGAGCAUGCCAAAUGUUUGCACGUCAAAGAUGAUUGGUCUAAUGAUGCAGUGGGUCAGUUCAAUUUACUGGAGCCCUAUGAUGCUAAAGUUUGGGAUGGCAGCUGCCCAUCAGCUUCUUUAAAAGGUUUUGAUCUUCUAUCCACAUGGAACAUGAUUGAAGAGAUUUUUGGGCAAGGGACUUCAGAUAAAAAGGUGAUGGAUGAUUGAGGCAUCAACUGGUGUCCCUUGAGAUAGGUAUCGAUUUCCUAGCACACUAACAUAUCUGGUGCGGCCUUUGCAAGGGCCAAGAUUUUGAGGCUUUGGCAGGUGCAAUUGUCUUGCAAGAUUUUUUUUCCCCAAAGCGUGGGAUAUCUUAUUUUCCAUUAUCCUGGUGUACAUCCUUUUUUUUCCGGGUAAAUAAGUGUUACAAGAAGAGGGGGGUUAGCAUGUUAAAAUACUGUUUACGUCCCUUCGUUGAGUCUUCUGUUAUUUGGUAACAUGUUCAAGUGCUUUCAAGGAAAUGCCUUUUUGUACGUCGAUGACUUGUAUAUUUUAUUCAGUCCGUACCUCUUUAUUGGGGUGGAAGCCAAUUUUGUUAUCUUAAUAUUCACAUGUAAGCUUUAUAUCGGAAUGGGAACCGCACUGCUCAGUGGUUAAAAGUAAA